CACAUUAAUAGCAGACAGGAGAGGAUAUACAUUAACGAGGGAGUCUAAAGACACUAAGAGAGACAGAGAGAUGUAGAGAGGGUCACAGCUUUUCUGUGCAGGAUAACAAACAUCAACGACUCAUUCAAACUCAAACUGAUAACUAUAGAACUUUUUCAUUUAAUCUUAAAUCUUGAAAACAGCAUUAGUUCUUAAAGGAUCUCUUUGCUGAGUUCAUGAUAGUGAUCUAGAUAGGGAUCUAGACUUUUCCACGUGGUCUGCUAAUCUACUGCUGAGGGCUAAUCUUCACUCCAGAAGACAGAUUUUCAUUUAGAGAUCAAACUAGUAGUAGAGCCGGUGUGGACUGUUUGAGGUGAGAACCACUGUUUGCAUCGUCUGUUUUUGAAAGACACCACAGAAGCACCUGAAGGUCCUCAGACAGAAAAGAAGGAAGGCUGUGAAGGAACAACAGCACUGAAAGCAAGAUGGGGGAGAUGGAGAACAGAAGAAGGGUGGGAUACCUCAUCCAGCGGGACGUCAUGGAUGAAAUCGAAGUCGAUUCUGUGGCAGAAAAAUCAGAAGUCAAAACUUCACUUUCGGAGAAAUUCAAGGAGUCCAUGAGGUGCUCUGGUCCUCGUGUGAAGAGCUGUUUUCUGUCAUGUGUUCCUCUGCUGUCCUGGCUGCCGCGUUACCCAUUCAAACAAAAUGUUUUUGGAGACCUGGUCUCAGGAAUCAGCGUGGGCAUCAUGCACCUGCCACAAGGUAUGGCAUAUGCACUGCUAGCUGCUGUACCUCCUGUGUUUGGUCUCUACUCCUCUUUCUAUCCGAUCCUCAUCUACUUCAUCUUCGGGACUUCUAAACACAUCUCAGUGGGUACGUAUGCAGUGAUGAGUGUAAUGAUCGGCAGUGUAACCGAGCGCCUGGCUCCAGAUUCAGAGUUCAUAGUGUGGAGUAAUAAUACCAACGACAGCUUCAUAGACACUGUGGCUCAGAAUAAUAAGCGAAUCGCAAUUGCUGCAGCUGUCACCUUCCUCUCCGGCAUCUUUCAGCUGCUCUUAGGUCUGGUGCAGUUUGGCUUCGUAGUGACGUAUCUCUCAGAGCCACUGGUUAGAGGCUAUACUACAGGAGCAGCCAUUCAUGUCAUGGUCUCCCAGUUCAAAUACAUGUUUAAGAUCAACCCCCAGCGCUACAGCGGACCACUCUCUCUUAUAUAUACGGUGUUGGAUGUGUGUUCAUUGCUUGGUGGGACAAACAUUGGUACGCUGGUUGUGAGCAUUGUAACCAUCGUAGGUUUGGUUUCUGCUAAGGAAGUGAAUUCCUUGCUGGCACGCAAACUUCCUGUUCCUAUACCGGUCGAGCUCAUAACUAUUAUUAUAGCCACUGUGGUGUCAUGGCGGUUUGAUUUCAAGACUCUGUAUAAAGUGGAGGUUGUAGGCCAGAUUCCAUCAGGUCUGCAGCCUCCAGAGUUGCCUGAUUUCUCUCUGCUGGGGUCUAUGGUUGGUGAUGCAUUCGCUCUGGCUGUUGUGGGAUAUGGAAUUGCCAUCUCUCUGGGCAGAACUUUUGCUCUCAAAUAUGGCUACAAAGUUGACAGCAACCAGGAACUGAUAGCCUUGGGCCUCAGUAACUCUAUUGGAGGGAUGUUCCAGUGUUUUGCCAUUAGCUGCUCUAUGUCUCGCACCAUGGUGCAGAUUAGCACAGGAGGAAAGACUCAGAUCGCAGGUGCUCUAUCAGCAGUGGUGAUGCUGGUGAUUCUGCUGUGGAUUGGAUCGCUCUUUGAGGAGCUGCCAAAGGCGGUGCUGGCUGUUAUUAUCAAUGUGAACCUGCAAGGUAUGUUUAAGCAGUUUAAAGACGUCUCAAGCCUCUGGAGGACCAAUAAAGUGGACAUGCUGGUUUGGCUGGUGACGUUCAUUCUGACGGUGCUGCUGAAUCCUGAUGUGGGUCUGGCCGCCUCCAUCGCCUUCUCCAUACUGACCGUCAUAUUCAGAACUCAGCUGCCCAAAUACUCUCUCCUUGGUCAGGUCCCUGGGACUGACAUUUACAGGCCAGUGGAGGACUAUAAUCAGGUUGUGCAGAUUCCUGGUCUGGUGAUUUUCCGUUCUUCUGCUACUCUGUACUUUGCCAACGCUGAGAUGUACACAGAUCAUCUUUACGAGAAGAGUGGGGUAGAUAUAACAAAGCUCCUUGCACACAAGAAGAAACUAGAGGCAAAGCGACUCAGGAAAGAGAAGAAAGAGCAGAAAAAGGCAAAGAAAGAGGCGAAGAAAAGAGCAAAGGAGAUGUUGGAGGCACCAGAACUGUCAGAUAUGGAGGAGAGGUUUGAGGUGGCCGUUGCAGUGGUGGCUGAACCAGAGCUUGACCCUUGCUCUGACUCCAGCCUGCCCAAGGCCGUCAUACUGGACCUCAGUCCUGUUAACUUUCUGGAUACGGUGGGAGUUAAAACAUUACGUGAUAUCCUUAGAGACUACGGGGAUGCUGGAGUUAAAGUGCUCUUAUCAGGCUGUCAGAGUUGUGUUAUUGAGCAUCUGGAAAAGGGAGGUUUCUUCAACGACAAAGUAACUAAAGCUGUUCUCUUCUCCACUGUGCACGAUGCUGUUCUGCAUUGUCAACAGGGAGACACAAAAGAGGCCAUGAAGGGAACACAUUUCUAAUUCCAGAUCCAUUGCACAUGGAACAGACUGAGUAUUGCAUAGAUGAGAAAUGUGCCAACUAGCUUUUUCCUAAAACCCAGGAAUUGUGUCUCAUCACUGUUAUUAGAAAACCAAAUAAAAACGGUCAUUUUGUAAGAGACUGACAAAAAAUGUUCUUAAAUUAACACCUGUUACUGUAAAUUAAUUCAUUUCGGACCAUUUCCGUUGGUCCAUUUGUUCUAAAUUGUACACCAUGUAAAGAGCAGAUGGUACUUAAAUGAGAAUUUAAAAAAGGGAAAAAGAGGUUACAAGAUUUUCUUCUGAUAGUGACUACAUAAAUCAAAAUUUCUGCAUAAAUAAAUAGUUGACAUGCAAACGACAUCAUUCAGAGUGGUUUGAUGUGAAAUGGUGCAUGUAGACAAACUUAUUGACUAUGAUUUUCUUUGCAACAGUGGUGAUAAAGGUGAUUGUGCAUACAAUGCAAAUAUGCACAUUUUCUUUGCUAUCCAAAAUGGCCAGUGAACCAGCAUGGUGAGUUUUCAUGUUGGUGUGAUGUUGGUAAUGCAAUCUUCCCCCUAUAAAUUGUUUUUUUUAAUGUUUUAGUCCAAAACAUUUUCGAAAACUUUCAUAAAACGAUGUCUCAGGCAUCAAACAACACAUUUAUAACUGUUGUGUGGAAUAGCCUUGCCUGAGGGAUCUUUUAGAAAUCUUAAAUGCUUCAUACGCCUGGUCCCAUUCCUUCACCAUUGUGAAUAAUUCUGACUCUAAUUCUCCCCCAGACUGCCACAUUUCCCAUCAAACCACUCUUACUGACUUUGUUUACACCUUAAUUUAAAUUUUUGUGAAAUGUUGAAAAAUAGGUGGAAUUCCCCUUUAAUAAAGGGCACUUUGAAAUGGAGAUGUCAUCUGAAGAAACCUGCAGUGCCACCACCAUACAUAAACAUCAGCCUGUUGUAAUACAAGCUCAAGCUGUCAUUAUGUACGUAAUAGGAGGUUAAUGACAGAGCGAGAGUUUAAGAGCAGGGUGUAAACUUUAGUGCACUAUCAAAACAUUAUACAAUGUCUAGAACCUGUAUGACACACAGUCAUCUAGUGUGUGAUUAGUCACCAUCACAUCUGUUAACACCCCCGCAGGCUGGCACAGUCUGGGUUUAUAAUCACUGUCACUGGCAUAUUAAACUCAGAUUAUAACGAGUGGUUAUUUUUUCCCAUUACUCCAUCAUAGUUACAUCAUAGGAGCCACUUUAAGCCUAUUAUCUGAGGGUGUGCUUGUGUGGAGGAGGCCUUGUUUUUUUGUUUGUUUGUUUGUCUUCAGAGGAGAAUUCAAACCCAUUUAGCCUCAUUAUCUGAGUCUGAUAAAAGAUUCUCCCAAGGAUUUAUGCAGAUCUAGAGCAGAUUUCACCAGAAGCUUAUGUAAGGAGGAGUCCCAUGUUUUUCUAGUUCACACUCUCAGAAAUAGAGAUAUGAAACCAUCACUGGGGCAGUACCCCUCUUGUCACUGGGUUGGUACCCUCAAGGGUUUAUCUCAGUACCUUUAGUC